AUGAGCUCUGACCCAAACACGUACCUGGGUCUCGGUGCAGAGGGCAACCAAGUAACCGAAUCCCUGUUGUGGGAAUUGUUUGCCCAGGCUGCACCUGUGACCAGUGUAAAGCUGCCAAAGGAUAGAGUUUCGCAGACACAUCAAUCCUUUGGAUUUGUCGAGUUUGAGUGCGAAGAAGAUGCAGAUUAUGCAAUUCGUAUAAUGAACAUGAUCAAGCUCUAUGGGCGUUCAAUUCGUGUUAACAAGGCAUCUGCCGACAAAAGGAACCUGGACGUCGGUGCGAACCUUUUUGUUGGCAAUCUCGAUUCAGAGGUUGACGAGAAAAUGCUUUAUGAUACCUUUUCCUCUUUUGGAAAUGUCCUCUCUGCAAACGUGGCCAGGGAGCCGGAUUCGAAUGCGAGCAGAGGGUUUGGAUUCAUCUCGUUUGAUACCUUCGAGGCAUCCGACCUGGCCCUUCAAACCAUGAACCAUCAGUUUUUGUGCAACAAGCCCCUGUCAAUUAGCUAUGCUUUUAAGAAGGACUCUCCUGGCGAGAGGCAUGGAUCUCCUGCCGGUAAGUUUAUGCUAGCUUAUGUUCAGAACGGUUGCUGGCUGCCCAGGCGCGGAAGAACGCAGUCAGCCUGCCUCAGCGUGUAUCUGCGGAUGGAAAUGUUAUUUAGUCACCAGAGUAGCUUGUAA